AUGGAAUGCUCUUAUGCUCCAACUCGAACCGAGACCGUUCUGGAUAGCGCAAGUUCGGACCGAGCCAUCAUGGAUAUUUCAUUGGUUACCAAGAAUAUUCCAUCCCGUCUGAUCUUCUUAAGAGUUACUACCUAAGUAGCUUUCCACUCCAAAUAGCAAGUUUAGGCUACAGAAUCUUACGAGGAUGACGGUUGUUCCCGCUAAGCUUGCCCAUUUAAUUUCGUUAACUUAGCUUCCGUCUCGUCUACCCCAAAAGGUCCCAGAGCUGAGCGGGAAGACUGGACCUGAUAGGUACCUACCUGAAAGGUAGAGACUUACACGUAUCUCAACAUACAUACCUAAGCUUACAUAGUACCGCUUAUCACUCUAUAGUACACACACUCUCUCCCUUCGCUAUCUUGACCAUGGCCGGUUUAGCGGCUUCUCCCAAUUGGCACAACCUUAGCUCGAGCUCGAGCUCGCACUCGCUUAUACCACUUUUCUCAUUAGCCCUUCCAUCUGAUAAACCUUCUCUCAUCCUAACAUGACCCAACCGCGACCUGACUGCUAGUGUUUUUCUUCUUGUCACCUGUCAUAUUGUAUUGUUUCACCUUGUUAUUUACCACAUUACUCUAAUAUACGGUUGAGCUGGUAUAAUAUUCGUUAUAUCUUUUUAAUAACUAGGACUCGCUAUCAUGACUUAUACCGUUAGCUUAUCUUCUACUCACUCUAAGAGAAGGAAGACUCAUCACAACCAACUCAUCACAACAGACGCCAUGACAAAUAAUACCAGGCUGCUCUUUGAUAACCUUAGUACGGAAUUAUUACAUAUUAUAUUCAAACAUUUACGAGAUGUUGAUCCCCGGACGCUGGCUGAUGCUCGUCAGUUAUCUAGACGACUCGAAGCAGUCAUCAGGCCCAUCUACUUUGAAACUAUUCGUCUCAAUGAGAAUAUAGUCGAUCCCCUAGCCGAAACAUAUUUCCCUGGCUACUUGGAGGAUUUAUAUUUAUUCACUAGACACGUUGAAACUAGAAGCAACCUGGAUGCCCAGAACACCAAGAGGGUUUUGGAUAGAGUACAAAGACUUUGUUCUUUAAGAUGGCGUUACGUGGGAAAUCGAUCGUUUAUAAACUCAAGCUUUGCUUUUUCGACACCCUCUAAUAUAUUAAGCCCCUAUCAUCUCAAAAUUGACAGGACGAAGAUAUAUGUUGAAGACCUGCCUCUACAGGACAUUUAUACUGGCUCAUAUAAUAAUUACGCCCAGGAUAUCCCAGCAAGUAACCUCGUUUCUCUCAAGAUGCAGAGCCCAACACUCGCCGAAACCGUUGAAUCGCUGAAACAAUUCCUUGUUCGCGCUCAAGGCACAAGAACUAUCAGCUAUAACGGCCGCGGCCAAGGGACAAGCUUUUCCUUUAGAGGCAAUGAACGUCUACCGCCUUUUGAGGAAAUAUUGCUACGGUCCUACGACUGGAACCAUGAUGCCGACGAAGUCCAAAGACAUUGGAAUUUCUCUCAGUUACGGAAGCUAACCCUUAUCGACGUACCCCUAUAUCACUUCCUAACUUCGGUACCCUUUGCGGAACUCAGCGACCUCGAAACUCUCCAUUGUGAGGACUUCAGUACACAUACACCAGACCGACGCGAAGAUGCGACAAGGGAUUUGCACAGGCUGGUACAAGGCAUUAAGGCCCUUUGUACGAUCACGAUCACGUGUCAUACGAACUUAUUUCCGAUAGAUGCCUUUCUCCGCCAUACGGAUUCGCUCCAAGCCCUGAGUUUCCGGGACUACGUCGGCUUUGGCGACGAGACCAAACAAUACCCCACGAUGCAGAUCCAAGAUCUCAAUCAGCUUUCUACCACGCUGGCCUAUCUCAACUUUCUCGAGCUGGGUAUGGACGCAACCGUCUGCGACCCGAACCUAUUCCUCCAAGCACUUUGUAAUUUCCCUCGGCUCACCAAGCUCGUCUUACACACGCACACGGCCUGGCGGGCCCACGACGAGGUAAAGGACAAUACGGAUCGGGACUACGACGCCGCCUUGCGAACGCUGUCGGUCCUGACCCAGAACAAGCGCGGGAAACCGUGGCAGAGCGUCGUCAUCAACGUCGGCGGGUGGAAGCCCGUCGUGGUGCGUCGGCUGAGCCAGGCGUGGCAGGAGAAGAACGCACGGGGGAUCUACGCCGAGCGGUGCUUCGAUGCCAAGAGGGACGAGGACACGGGCAGCUAUGUUCUCGGGGAGAUCCCUGCUACGGAUAAUACGUCCGUCUAGAGAGAAUGUGACGGGGCACGGGGAGGUCUUUUCUUAGGUACAGUAUACAGAUCUGCCUAAGGUUAGGUAGGUACCUAAGAGAAGAAGAAGAAGGGGGUGCCCGUUCUUGAGGGGAGUUGUUGUCUACGAUGGAAGAGAUCCCUAAAUUGAGACAUAAAGGACUAAAUAAUUUCCCUGUAUUACUCUCCCAACUUAGUAACAAAAGAUAGUUAAUUAUUAACGUAAUAUGUAUUCUUCCGA